CGAGGAUCCACAGACGGCAGCGCUGAUGCGCUGUGCCGUAGGCCCAACACUGCGAAAACGCCACCUCUGAGUCCCGAAACAAGCCCGGAGAAGGUGGAUGCUGCUUCUGCUGAGCCUUUGGAAGGGUUGUCCCUCGAAGCACUUGGAUCCAAGGACUCGGUCCUGAACAACCUCGACCCUCGAUUCUUUACACAGCACUUCGACCCCGUGCAACACAUGCUGGAGUCGCUUCCAACCAACCCGUUUGCACUAAUCGACCAUUUGCAAUCUGAAAUCGGCGCGAUGGACAUCGCAAAAGAUGUCGUCACGUCUAAGCUCGCCGAAGACAUUCAACGCAACUACCACACGUUUAUCCAAGGGAUGAACCAUGUUCAGGAAGUCGACUUGGACUUGGCACAGGCUCUCAUCCAGGUCAAGAACGGCAGGCGACUCCUCGCAAUUCACAAGAAAGAGCUCGUGAUGAGCCACUUGGAGCUGGUCAAGCUCCGGCGCAAUCGAGAUCGUCUCCAAAUGAUCGUGGACCAUUCGACGAGCAUCUUGGAAUGCUUCAAGCAAGAGCAGGAAAUGCUCACGCUGCUGCAUGACAAAGAGUACGAACGGGCCGUGCGUGUAAGUGCGUCCAUGCGCAACCGAGUUGGCCACCUCAAGCAGUUUGCCGUUCUCCGACCAAGCAUUCACCGCAUGCACCAGGCUCUUCCUGAGCUUCGAAAGCACUUCCAUGGCGCUCUUCGAGACCUCCUCAUUUCUUUCGACGGCGACAUGUACAACCAACUUCUCCAUGCGCUCGCUGCGCUGGAUGCCGAGAUCGCUCCCCCUUGGACGAUCUCGCAACAAUCUGCCUCAGAGAUGCCGAUGAAGGACGUUGUCGACGUUGUCGUGAAGGCUCUGGAUGAGUUGGCCCGUGGCGCCGUGGGAAAGCUCGAUGCCGUGAUCAUGGACAAGUCCACCAGCGCGACAAUCGCAAUGGUCGCCACGUCCGUUCUGGAUGCAUACGAAGCCGUCGCAAACUUGGUCCACAACUACGACAUGUUCCAGCAGUGGCACCACAGCUCGAAUCGAGCAGACGGCGGCGCCGAUGACGCUACAUCCACCAAGCACGAAGAGAACAAGGCAGCGGAUACGUAUCGGCGGUAUCGGAGACUUGUUUGGGACACAGUCCAGCGCCGCGUCGGCGACGCUUGGAUGCGUCUGAGCUGGCCCAGGGAUACCAAAAUGGAGCACGUGGUGGGGCUGGCACACGCCACAGAAACGCUGGUUGCAUUGGGUGUCGAGUUUUGCGAUGGCGCGUUGGGCCAUCAAGACAAAGCACUACCUUCGCUGCGCAGCAUGUUCACUUCCAAAGCCCAAGUGUUUUUCGAGCAGCUCCUGCACGACAACGUGGAGCUCAUGCGGAUGAUGGUCGACACCGAAAAGUGGGAACGGCUAGCGGUCACACUGGCUGAAGACGCGUCGACAAGUGUUCAAGACAAGUGCAGCGCCAGCGCUGCCAUUUGGACGGUCGUCGAGUCGCGCUGUGGCUACACCUUGCGCCAUUCUCGCGUGGCGAAACCCGUACAGCGAGUGCAAUUGUUGUCGCAAUGGGUGAACCCGUUCGCGACUGCGGCGCGCGCCGUGUACGAAACCGUCCCAUCGAUGGAGAAAUACGCGGCGCCGGCUUUGGAACAACGCGAUGACGACGUCGAUGAAGACGUUGUGGCGAUAAAGCGACUGGUUGGGCUGGAUCCGUAUCUGAGCGGCGACCCAGCUCGUGAUGGCGACAUCGUUGCGACGCCCGAGCAAGACGAGCUCAUUCGGUUCGGGUCUCGCUAUGUUGUUACGACAUGGACGUACUCGGGCUUUCUCCGAGUGUGUGGCCAGUACGUCAAGUUGAUGCACGAACUCGAGUGGAUGCGUCCGAUCCUGUCGAGGCAUCUUGUGGCUGUGUUUGAGUUUGGGCUGUACGCAGUGCUUCGACGGUGCACGACAGACGGUCAAAUUCAACGGCUCUUGGCAAGGCACACGCCGACCGACUUGGUGUGCCACCACCUCCGGGAAUGGGUGGCCCACCAGCGCCAUGUUCAGGCGUUUCCGCCACCGCCGAUCGCGACCGACGACGACCCGAACGAGACCAAUACGUUUGUCAAUCGAGUCCUCGCCAUGGAAACGGUGGCAUUUCAAUGGCUUGUUCUGUCGAUCGUCGCCGCGCCGCCCCAAGAGCGUUGUCUCGACAACGAAGCAGACCGCCAUCGCGCCUUGGGCGCGGUCGUGCAAGAAGCGCGGGCAUACGUGUACGCAGGACUUGUGCCUCCAGCGAUCCAGGCGUCGGCGAUCCCGCCGUUGAUUGCGAACGCAUCGUGGGACAUUGCCCACAUGUCGACGCAGCACAACGAGUACGUGGUGACUCUUGUGCGAAACUGCGGCAUGUUUUGGGGCACGUUGCAAGGCAGUGCAGUCCCGAUCGCUGUGCGAGACGAACUGUGGGCCGUCGUCGUGCGCGCAGUGAUGGAAGCGUUGGUCGACGGCUAUGCGAACGUGCCCAAGUGCUCGACAGAAGGCCGCGCGUUGAUGUCGAUGGACCUGAUGGCGCUGCAGAAUGGCCUGGACCUGGUCAACCACGCCAGCAACCUGCCCCCUGACAACCGAUGGGGACGAGCCUAUGUGCACAACUACAUCAAGGCGUAUUACUUUCAAGAGCCCGAGCUCCUCGCGUUCAUCGAUGCGAACAAGCUUCGAUACCGGAAAUCGCACUUGGUGCGGCUCGCCACCGACGGCGUGUGCGGCAAGCUGCGCAAGCCAGCACACAAGGACUUGAUGCACAAGAUCGAGCAGCUGUAUAGGGACGCCAAGGCCAGUGACAUGGUGGCAUCGAUCGCGUCGUCCGCUUCGAUGAAGGCCCCGCAGGGACGACCCCAUCGCCCAAGUCCGACUGUCGUGUCCACAUAAAUGCACGACAUGACCACCGCUUGAGAGGGUCCUGUUCUCUAAUUUACAACAUGUGCAUUGCCAUGCACUACAACACGAUGGUGGACGACGACGACGCCGCAACGACAUCGUCCCAGCAGUCGGUCGCUUCUUCUGGCUUGGAC